AUGACACUUGCAACAAACAUACCAUCAUACCAUCGCUAUUGUACAAUAUCAUCAUCCUCUUCUUCGUCAUCAUCAUUCAAUCACAAUGUCGAUCAACAACGUGCCUCUGGAGCCAACGCAUCACAAACACUUCAUGAUAAUCACAAGCCAUCAUCAUCGACAAGGCCAAUGCCAUCAACCAAUCAACUAGCACAACAACAUCCACAUUCAGAGUACCUACAUCAGGCAAAGGCAUUGACUGGCAUGAACAUGAUCAAGGGCAACAACUAUGAUGAAGCGUACAACAACUUCAAAUGGACCAUCCCCGAGCACUUCAACAUUGGCAUGGACGUCUGUGACAAGCAUCUCAUCGACCGUCCCAACCAGCCCGCCAUCGUCCACGAGGAUGAGAGUGGCAAUGUAGAGAAGAUAACCUUUGCACAACUCUAUCAACAAUCCAAUCAAUUGGCCAAUGCAAUGGAACAACAUGGUAUUGCCAAGGGUGAUCGAGUUGGUGUGUUGUUGUCACAGGGCAUUGAGACUGCAUUGUCACAUGUGACUGUGUUUAGAAUGGGCUCCAUCUCCAUCCCUUUGUUCACUCAGUUUGGACCCGAGGGUCUGGUAUUCCGUCUAAAGAACUCGGAAGCCUCAUGUGUUCUGACAGACUAUGACAACCUGCCCAAGAUAUUGAUGCUAAAGAAGAACCUCAGCAAAUGUUUGAAGCGCGUCUUUAUCUUUGGCCACAAUAACAAGGGAGUGGAGGUGCCUCAGGACGACCCAAUGUUUGUCGAGUGGAGCAAGGUACGUGACACCUUUGGCACAGAGUACACACCGGUCAAGACCAAGGCCGACGACCCGGCCCUGAUCAUCUUCACGUCGGGCACUACCGGCCUGCCCAAGGGCUGUCUGCAUGGACAUCGCGUGCUCUUGGGCCAUCUGCCCGGCGUCCAAUUCCCCCAGAACAUGUUCCCACAGACUGACAAGGAGCUGUGCUUCUACACGCCCGCCGACUGGGCGUGGAUUGGCGGCCUGAUUGACGUGUUGCUCCCAUCACUCUACUAUGGUGUCACAGUGCUGGCUCAUCGCGCCACCAAGUUUGACGCACACAAAAUGCUCUCUCUGAUGGACAGACAUCGCGUGACUACAUGCUUCCUGCCACCCACCGCUCUCAAGAUGAUGCGACAGACUGAGCUCGCGCCAUACAAACACAUGGUAUCGAUUGGAUCGGGCGGCGAGAGUCUUGGCGACCAGUUGCUGGAAUGGGGCCGCAAGGUGUUCAAUGUCACAAUCAACGAGUUCUAUGGACAGACCGAGGCCAACCUUCUUGUUGGCAACUGUUCAGCCAUUAUGCCUACAAAGAAUGGAUCUAUGGGUCGUAUUAUGCCAGGCCAUACAGUGGCCGUUCUAGAUGGAGAGGGCAAUCCUUUGCCCGCCAACACAGUCGGCAACAUUUCACUAAAGUCACCAGACCCCGUCAUGUUCCUGCGAUACUGGAACAACGACGAAGCAACCAAGUCCAAGUUUGUUGGACCAUGGUUGAUGACAGGCGACCUUGGACGCAUGGACAGGGAUGGUUACCUCUGGUACGUUGGCCGCGACGAUGACAUUAUCAACAGCAGUGGAUAUAGGAUUGGACCAACAGAGAUUGAGAACUGCAUCCUGAAGCACAGUGCUGUGGCCAUGUGCGGUGUGAUUGGCGCACCGGAUGAGUUGCGUGGCGAGGUUGUAAAGGCAUACAUUGUGCUAAAGGAUGGUGUGACUGGCAGCGAUUCACUCAAAUCAGAGAUACAAGAGUUGGUCAAGAAGAACCUGGCUGCGUAUGAAUAUCCACGUCUAGUCGAGUUCAUCCAAUCAUUACCAAUGACCAACACUGGCAAGAUUAUGCGUAAAGAGUUGAGACACCACCACGAACAAUCAGUCAAGGCAUCAUCAAUCAAGAAGUGA